AUGUAUAAUCCUGACGACAACAAGAGUUCGAGAUCAUGUAAUGAUUCAUAGGCAUCACCAUCGACAUAUGAAAAUCCACCCCGUUCAACACAAUAUCAAUCGACAAAGCGAUUUGACAAUCUUCAAGCCGAUGUGAAUCAAGUUGUUGAUGUUAUGAAAGACAAUUUAGAAAAAGUUUUGGAACGCGAUGCCAAACUAACGACACUUGAAAAUCGCGCUGAUAUUUUGCAAAGUGGUGCAUCGCAGUUCACCACCAAUGCUAAUAAAUUAAAACGCAAAUAUUGGUGGAAAAAUAUCAAAAUGUGGGCUAUUUUAAUCAUUGUAAUUAUUGUUUUGAUCAUUAUCAUUGCCGUUGCUGUCACUCAAUCAGUAAAAGGCGGUGGUAGCAAUGGCAACAAAUACAAGUUUGGGAGAUUAAUACUCUUCAAUGAAGACAUUAUCUGCAUAUACAUAUUCCGCGUGAUUUUUUCAUAUGCUUACGUUCCUUUACAUUCCUUCAGUGGUCAUAUCUGUCCAUAUCUUUUUUUCAAUUGUAAAAGUCAGUCUACUCAGAACAUGUCUACUAAUGGCGGUGGUGGUGCCGCAGCACCAGCUGCAGGCGGUGGCGGAUCGAAACGUUUAGCACAACAACAAGCCCAAGUCGACGAAGUUGUUGAUAUAAUGCGACAAAAUGUAGAUAAGGUGUUAGAACGUGAUAAAAAUCUAUCACUUCUUGAUGAUCGAGCUGAUAAAUUACAACAUAACGCAGCUCAAUUUGAGCAACAUGCGGGCAAAUUAAAACGGAAAUACUGGUGGAAAAAUAUGAAGAUGAUGAUUAUCAUGGGAGUAGUGGGUACUAUUUUUGCGAUAGUGGUGAUAGGAUGGAUCGCUUCAAAAGUUAAAGCGGUUACACCUGCACUUCCAGCUGCUGAAGCAACAACACCCAUCGCCGUGGUAAACAAUGCUGAAGCCAAUUCAGCUGCUGGUUCUGCCAGUGGUAAUGCGGGAAAAAAAGUAACCAAAUCUCGUAAGAAGAAGAAAACCAAAACAACCAAAGCAGUUAGUACAACAACACCGACGAACAAUGACGGUGGACGUUCUCCCGAUGGAGAUGACAAUGAAGAAGAAGAAGAGGAUGCUAAAGCGUCUGGUAGACGAAAUCGACGUGCACUUUUACAUUUUUAA